AUGUACAACUCCCUCACUCGUAUCCAGAAUACUUUCGGCUUCUUCACCACCGUCGCCUUCGUCGUUGCAGCCUUCAUCGCCGCCUCGGAUUUCAUAGCCCCUCGCACCCCCGACGCAGGUAUCUUCAAGGUUUCAAACUCCCAGGUCGUCAAGGGCCGACCGCACUACUACAGUACCAAGAAGGAGGAAUAUGCCAUUAUUAGAUUCAACCUGGAUGCCGAUCUGAGAACUCUCUUCACAUGGAACACCAAGCAAGUCUUUGUCUAUGUCACUGCCGAGUGGCCCGGCCCCAACAACUCGACAAACGAGGCUGUCAUCUGGGACAAGAUCAUUACAAGCCCCAGUGCCGAUCAUCUCCAGAACAUUGGACCUGUUGCUAUGAAGAAGCUCAAGCGCAGCGCUGAAGGAAAGACCAUUGACCCCGAUCGUGGCUCCAUUGCUCUCAAGAACCAGAAACCCAAGUAUCAAAUUACCCACCCCAGUGGCAGGGUAGCGGAGACGGAGGAUGUGAAGCUGAAGCUGCACUACAAUGUCCAGCCCUGGGUUGGAUUUCUUACUUGGGACCAGACACGCGAUCUGGGCCACUGGAAGGCUCUUGGUAGUGGCGAGUCACCCAAGUUCAAUCUCCCUGCUCUCAAGAGUAAGAAGAAGGAUGCGCCAAAGAAGAGCUAUUAG